UGUUGCUUAGUUCCCGCUUUAGCGCCAUCAGACCUCAACUGUCAAUUCUAAAUACAAGAAUGCAAAUCCAAAGCCGAAAUGCACUCAAAGAAGCCAUACAAAAAUAUUUAUCACACCUGCCCAUAAAAUCACUUGUUAAGUGCCAAAUCAAACUAUAAUUUAGCUAGAAAUAAAUAAUCCGCAAAUAUAAAAAAGCACUUCAGUAAAGAGCUGCUACAAUGUGAACUUUUUGAACUCAUAUUCACAUAUUGGGUGUAUUGAAGGAGACGAACUGCAGUGUAUGUAAAAUUAAGCAGUGAUGAUGUGUCAGCAACGAUUUUCAAAAAAAUUCAAAGUGCGUUCAAUAAUAUCUACAAUUUUAAAAUACAAGUCAAAAACAACCAUUUGGACAAUAUAGCAAACAAAAAAGUUUUAAAUGCAUGGCAUUUGAAAUACGAUGUACAUUUAGGAAAUAUUUAUAACUAUUAUAAUGUCGUCAAAAAGUGCUUAAGUCAUAUUAUCGAAUUUUUGUGUAUAAAUGUGUGUAUGUAUGUAAUUGCAUACUAUAGCUUCAAAUCGAGUACAAAAAUAUUAUAACCUCUUAAUUUAAUAUAUUUACAUAAAUUACUAAACAACAAAUAUAAAAUUUAUGCUGCACAUUUCUAUAUAUAAAAAUCGUACCGCAUAGCGCUGUAAUACAUAUUUAUUAUAUAAAUUAAUGUGACAAAUUAAAUUUAAUUGAGAACGUAUGACGGUAGUUCUACAAAAUGCGUACUGUAUUCAAACAGUUGAAUCAACGAAGAUUUUUAGUAAUUUUCGCAAUUCAUUUGUGUUUGUUGGAAAAAUCAAUAUUGCUGUGCAAUUGUAUUCAUGGUUUAAGAAAUGUCACAGAGAGCGCAGAAUUAGUCACCGGUAUUGAGUCGAGUUUAUCAUUGCCUGAUAUAUUGCCAAUACCAUCGAAAAAUUAUGAUAAAAAUCGUGCACCAAAACUACUGGGACAGCCGACCGUUGUUUACUUUCAUGUGACAGUAUUAUCGCUGGAUUCCAUCAACGAGGAAUCGAUGACAUAUGUCACAGAUGUAUUCCUAGCACAAAGUUGGCGUGAUCCUCGCCUGCGACUGCCAGAGAACAUGAGCGAACAGUAUCGUAUAUUGGAUGUUGAUUGGUUGCACAACAUUUGGCGGCCAGACUGUUUCUUUAAGAAUGCUAAAAAAGUCACAUUUCACGAAAUGAGCAUACCGAAUCAUUAUUUGUGGCUAUACCACGAUAAAACUCUGCUCUACAUGUCUAAGUUAACUUUGGUGUUAUCAUGUGCUAUGAAAUUCGAGUCUUAUCCGCAUGACACCCAAAUCUGUUUCAUGAUGAUUGAGAGCUUAUCACACACGGUUGAGGACUUGGUGUUUAUUUGGAAUAUGACCGAUCCGCUGGUGGUGAAUAGCGAAAUCGAGUUACCACAAUUGGAUAUAUCGAACAAUUAUACAACCGAUUGCACUAUUGAAUACUCAACAGGCAAUUUCACUUGCCUGGCCAUUGUUUUCAAUCUGCGUCGACGUCUCGGUUAUCAUCUCUUCCAUACCUACAUUCCGUCGGCGCUAAUCGUGGUCAUGUCGUGGAUUUCCUUCUGGAUCAAACCCGAAGCGAUACCGGCUCGUGUCACGCUUGGCGUCACAUCGCUACUCACACUCGCCACACAAAAUACCCAAUCACAACAAUCGCUGCCGCCGGUGUCGUAUGUUAAGGCUAUCGAUGUGUGGAUGUCAUCGUGUUCGGUAUUUGUAUUCCUAUCGUUGAUGGAAUUUGCUGUGGUGAAUAAUUAUAUGGGGCCGGUCGCGACGAAAGCCAUGAAGGGCUAUUCGGAUGAGAAUUUACACGAUAUCGGUGACAUGAAGAAUCAUCAUCGUGAGUCGAUAAUUGAACCACAAUACGACACAUUCUGCCAUGGACAUGCCACAGCGAUUUAUAUUGAUAAAUUCUCACGUUUCUUCUUUCCAUUUUCAUUUUUUAUACUGAACAUUGUUUACUGGACAACUUUUCUCUAGUUGUUCGUGUUUAAAAUAAACGGAAAAAUUUGUUUUUGUUGAAAA